UCCACGCCUGCGUAAGCCCUGUGAUCAUAGACCUGCUCUUCUUUUCCUCCCAUGAAAAAACCUCUCUAUUUUUAUUACAACUCGACAAACAUUUCCCUUCUCUCUCUCUCUCUCUCCGCCUACAUUUUAUAUACCGCCUCAAACCCAAUCUCAAUCCCUUCUUAUCUUUUACUCCAUUUCAAAAUCCUAAAAAACAGAAAACAAACAUGCCCUCUUCUCUUCAGAUUCAGAGGAUCAACCCCAUAAACCACAUCGCGUGCAUGCAUCAGAAGGCGGCGAAUCCCGCUUCCUGGGUAUGCCCCGCCUCCGCCGCCGCCUCCCUGCCGGAGGAGAUGCUCCACCACCACACCCACGCGGUGGCCCCGGGGCAGUGCUGCUCCGCGGCGGUGCAGCUGAUCGACGCGUCGGUGGAGGCCGUGUGGUCCGUGGUGCGCCGCUUCGACAGGCCGCACGAGUACAAGAAGUUCCUCAAGAGCUGCCACGUCAUCCUCGGCGACGGCGACGUCGGCACCCUCCGCGAGGUGCGUGUGGUGUCGGGGCUGCCGGCGGCGACCAGCACCGAGCGCCUCGAGAUCCUCGACGAUGAGAGGCACGUCAUGAGCUUCAGCGUCGUCGGCGGCGACCACCGCCUGCGCAACUACAGCUCCGUCACCACCCUGCAUGCGGCGGGCGGCGGUGGUGGCACGGUGGUGGUGGAGUCGUACGUGGUGGAUGUGCCGCACGGGAACACCAAGGAGGAAACCUGCGCCUUUAUCGAUACCAUCGUCAAAUGUAAUCUGCACUCGCUCGCCCAGAUUGCUCAGAAUUUGCCUAAAACAUAUUAGUAAACCAUCAUGCUAUUGUUUUUGUGCUAUUUUUUUGUUGUUGGUCCAAUUUGGUGAACAGGAGAUAUUUUCUUUGUAGAUCGUAGCGGAUUACUAAUUUUUUUUUUUCUCUUUGUUAUGGGCUGAUUAGUUUGAAUUAAUUUCUCCCAACGGCAAUACUAUAUUUUCAUCUAUGAUAAUUGCAAUUUAAAUCA